GAGGGUGUCGGAGCGUAUUGGGGAAGUCUGUUGGCUUGGAGCUACUGCAACUUUUACGCACGACUCUUGUCUCCAUGCUGCUGUUUUCCACUUGAAUAUAAGGGAUUGAUUUCCCCGCCUGCCUUUGAGUAAUGGCUUUCACUAUGCUGAGACCCGUCUCCACGCAUCCCUUCUCUUACCCCGCGGACCUAACCUUGAUGUCGGACGACGAGGAAGGGAACCGCAGCGAGAGUGACGGCAGCACCGAUCAGGGGUACGGGCGGGAGUCCGGCGGAGUUGUAGUCGGACAGCGGAACGCUGCCAACGCCAGAGAGAGACACCGGACCCAGAACGUCAAUACAGCCUUCACGGCGCUGCGGACGCUCAUCCCCACCGAGCCGGUGGACAGAAAACUCUCCAAAAUCGAGACGCUGCGCCUGGCAUCCAGCUAUAUUUCUCACCUGGCCAACGUGCUGGUGGUAGGAGACGGGAGAGAGGGCGAACAGCCGUGCCUGAGUGCUGUGUACAGAGAAGUGAAGGGGGGUGGGCAGGGCAAACAGCCCCGGACUAUCUGCACAUUCUGCCUCAGCAACCAGCGCAAAGGG